CUCUUCUGUGAAUCCGUCCGGACACGAUGAUUCAAUCCGAUGCACCAUGAAAGAAGGCAAGACAGGCCAGUCUGACCCGAGCAAAAGCUCUCAGGCGGCUUCAACGCUUGCCCUCAAAAGAGCGAGAGAUCGAAGGGCUCAGCAAGCGAUGAGAGAUCGAGCGAAAGCCGAGAUUGGAGCUUUACGAGACCAAGUGUCACAACUAUCCGAACGCCUGAGAGUCCAGGAAUCCACCUACUCCCGGGACGUGUCGCACUACAUCCGUGAAAACCAUGAAUUGAGACGGCGCGUGGAGGACUUGCACCUCUACCCGCUGCUCCGUCCGUCGCCUUUCGAGCAUGGGAGUCAGUCCUACCAGCGGAUGAAGGGUGCUAGGGCUCCGAACGUUCGAAUAUCACUGGAUCAGUCGAUCCUUGCCGGUCUUAUAUCUCAGAAAGCGACACUGGGUCUCUCGCCAGCAGAGGGACGACCUUUGCAGGGCUCCCAAGAUCCCUACAACAGUAUAUCGUCUGCAAGCGAACCCGAUUAUCUUCGCGUUCCUUUACAAGGUCCGCCAGAAAAUCCCUCCGACCGCAUCGUGCAGCCAUUUGUUCACAAAAUGCGAGCAUUGGUUCGUGCUCCGGAGGCUGAAAUGGACUUCCCCUCGCCUGAAGUUCGCGAUCCGCCUUCGCCGACACCGAGGUUGUCGCCAUCAGCCGUCCAGGUUGAGGUCUCUCGAGUCAUUGCCGACAUCAUUUACACCUAUCCCGAGUUCGACACCAUUGCGAAGAAGGUUGCAUGUAUCAUGUCUUCAACAAGUGCUCUGACUUGGCAGAUAUUGAGGACCAAAGAGGCUUACGAUCAGAUGCUGCCUUGGAUGCGGCCGACCAGGCUCCAGCUCGAAGUACGCCAUUCGGCCUGGCUCGAUCGUGUCAUGUGGCCGCACGCGCGAGAUUGCCUUAUUCGCGAUCCUACCAUCACGUUUGAACAGUACUCGGACGCCUUUGCGCCCUCAUUCAGCUUAAACUGGCCAUAUUCGGACGACGACGUCAUCCUCGAAGAAACAGAUCCCGACACAGGGGUCAAGUCCUUUCACGUGCACCCUGCAUUUGAAGAGCACGUCCGAGACAUGAAGAAUUGGACCUUGACUGGUAUUGACUCUAAAUUCUGGCACACUUUUCCACAGCUAGCCAUCGCUGUGGAGGAGAGUCGAAAAGAGUUUGGAGGCUUCAGAGACCGUCGAGGUUGAAGUCGAGGCUUUUGCUGUUGCUCACAUCGGAACGUUGAUCAAGCGUUAUCGAUGCUCGAUUAUUAGCGGUGUUUACAUCUAUUGCUCGCUGGGAUGAUGUCCUCCGCCUGUGUCGACAAGUACAGCUGUGUUUUGCUCUUGGUAAAGCAUCACAUCACAUCAUGUUCACGUUAACAACACUAUGAACAGUCAACUACGCGAUCAAGACGUGGCUAUGAUGUUCCAAAAGUCCCAAACUCUGGCAAAUCCUGCUCUUUGAAGGUAGAGUCUCGGCAAACACCUACCAAGGCUCUCGCAUACGCGAUAUAACGCCCAAUCACUCCUCCUGCUUCCUGUAGAAGCCCAGCCUUUCCAACACUCCCCGAUCCGAAAACGCAAAAAGAUAGACAUCGCCUUGGUCACUUGCCGUGUGUGACACACUCGACCAUGCCGGUACGGCAAACGUGUCGUUCUCCUUCCAUUUCAGUAUCGUCUCGGUACCAUUGCCGCUUACGAUGCGAGUCGAACCCGUGCCCUGGGGAAUGUGGUAAACGAAUGAACAGGUUUCCCGUAUAGCCGGGCUAGUUGUGCCCGCUGCGACGCGCUCGGCCUGGGCGGAGAGGGUGUUGGAUAUCGGGUCGCCGUCCGGAGUGAGGUAGUGGUGGACGCUAUGGGGACGGGAGGAGGAGAGAAGCUCUUUUACAGGCGCCCAGGGGAAAUGCAAGUUCGGGCUGGACUCGACAGGCCUGUCGUGAUACAUGUUAACACGACUUGGGUUCGAGUUGGGGGCAACGCAAGGGUACCAUCGAUGAUAGACAAGCGUUUCGGGGUGACUUACUCGCGCGGGAAGCGCUUCUCAUGGUAUGCCUGGGCAAAGUUGACUGGAAUCCCCUGGAACAGCGGGAGAUCUAAGCCGUCAAGCCAGAUCAUGGGUCCCUGGCCUUCGUGGCCGUGGUCAUGGAAUGUCCACGAGGGCGUGAGGAUCACGUCACCCUUUUCCAUGGAGAUUUUCUUGCCGUCCACGGAGGUGAAGCCUCGACUGCCUUCGAUGAUGUAGCGCAGGGCGAAAGCUACGUGUUUGUGAGCCGGCGCAGUUUCGCCUGGAUUGAUGAUCUGAAGACCCGCGUACAGGGUGUCGGUUGUGUAUGGGGCCUCUGAAUCGCUCCGUCAGUGAUGUCCACCUACACUGUGUGGCUCAGGCUGGCGACUUACUCAUGGAGGGAUUGUUCAGCAUGAGUACUCGGCGUUCUGCUUGUUCCUCUGGGAUUAUUUGGCUGGCUGUGAUGAGAUCGGGAUGUAGCUCAUCAUACCUCCAGAUCGCAGGCGUUGCCUUUGGUGCUGGGAUCUGUGAGACCAAGGCGUCCAUAACUGUCCAUAGAGGGCCGACAUUCUUGGCUGGCAGACGUUUCAGGAAGUCUCUCUG